GAAAGGUGCAGAGAGUGUUUUUUGCCAGCUCUGCCAGUUGCAUGGGAGAGAGGACAGAGCUGGGAGCUUUACAACCCUGCCAUCGAGCUGCCAGCUGCCCACCCGCUGGGUGCUGUGCCACCCCAGACAGACAUCUCCUAAGCAUCCCUAGGGCAGUGUGGCUCGGUGAGCUGAGAGCAUAAUCCGUGGGGAUGCAGCUGGACCUCCGUGCCUGGGGAUGGUGCCUGGCGGCUGCCGAUUUGGAACACUAAUCCACAGUCAACCUGUCCUUUUCCACACUCCACUGAUGGGGUGAGCACGUUAUCCUCGGAAGGGAUUGACCCACAACAAAGCAGCUGAACCUGUGGGCAUCACAUCUGGCCAGUUUCCUUGGAGAGGCUUGCUUGGGAAGUAGGUGUUGCGUUCCCAGCCCGCCCCAGGUCCAAUGGAUGGUAUAGCAAUAACAUCACUGUCCAGGGAGCUGGAAUCCUUCCUUGCCUGCCUGCAUGCUGCUUGAACUGAUCCCAAGCCUUUGUUUUUGGACUGAAGAAACCUGAAAACCUUUCUCUCCUAAUUCAUGAGCCAGCAGGAUGUGGUCGCCGUGCUUUCAGAACGCCUGCUUGUAGCCGCCUACAAAGGCCAAGUGGAGAAUGUGGUGCAGCUUAUCAACAGGGGUGCCAAGGUAGCAGUUACCAAGCAUGGCCGGACCCCCCUGCAUCUUGCUGCCUACAAGGGUCAUCUCCACGUUGUCCAGGUUUUGUUGAAGGCAGGUUGUGAUCUGGAUAUUCAAGAUGAUGGUGACCAGACAGCAUUGCACCGGGCUGCUGUGGUAGGGAACACUGAUGUAAUAGCAACUCUGAUUCAAGAGGGCUGUGCUUUGGACAGACAAGACAAGGAUGGGAACACUGCUCUUCAUGAAGCUUGUUGGCAUGGAUUCAGUCAGUCUGCCAAAGUGCUUGUUAAAGCAGGAGCCAAUGUUCUUGCCAAGAACAAGGCAGGUAACACACCUCUUCACCUGGCUUGCCAGAAUAGCCAUUCCCAGAGUACUCGUGUUUUGUUACUUGGAGGAUCUCGAGCAGACCUCAAAAAUAAUGCAGGAGAUACCUGUCUGCAUGUGGCUGCUCGUUAUAAUCACUUGCCCAUCAUUAGGGUGCUGCUCAGUGCUUUCUGUUCUGUCCAUGAAAAGAACCAGGCAGGGGAUACUGCACUCCAUGUAGCUGCUGCUCUAAAUCACAAGAAGGUGGUGAAGCUCUUGCUGGAGGCAGGGGCUGAUGCAUCCGUUGUCAACAAUGCAGGCCAGACCCCUCUAGAGGUUGCCAGACAGCACAAUAACCCCGAAGUUGCACUCCUGCUCACUAAAGCAUCACAGGUCUCGCGUUUUAACCGUGGGAGAAGCCUGAGGAAGAAGAGAGAGAGGCUGAAGGAGGAAAGGAGGGCUCAGUCGGUGCCACGGGAUGAAGUGGUACAGAGCAAGCAGGGCAGUGUCUCAGCUGCUGAUGACACACCAAGCAGUGACCAGCCCCCAGAGAGGAAGAACAAUCUGAAGGAUAAACCCCGGUCAGCCUCACCAGAUCCCAAAGGGAAAAAGAGCAAAAAGAAAAAGCCAAAGGAAAAGGUUUCAGCACUCUCGGACCCCAUCUCCCCAGCUGAUCAGCAAACACUCCCUCAGCCCCAGAAGAACGUGCCUAAGCGCAGAAGUAAACACCACUGCUCCUCUCCACCCCCUCCCCACGAGGUCCGAGCCUACCAGCUCUACACGCUGUACCGAGGAAAGGACGGGAAGGUGAUGCAGGCACCUAUAAAUGGAUGUCGUUGUGAGCCCCUGAUAAAUAAACUGGAGAAUCAGCUGGAGGCAACAGUGGAAGAGAUAAAAGCUGAGCUUGGGACAGUACAAGAUAAAAUGAAUAUUAAGCUGGGCCAGAUGGAAAGCAAAACUCAACAUCAACUCCGAGUUUUGGACAAGCUCAUGGCCGAGCGACUGUCGGCAGAGAGGACAGAGUGCCUUCACCGCCUGCAGCAGCACGCGGAGCUGGAAAAGAGUGAGGGGGAGAAGCGGCAGAUUUCCUUGGUUGAUGAGCUGAAGACCUGGUGCUUGUUGAAGAUUCAGAAUCUGGAGCUCAAGCUUUCUGGAGACUCCAGGUCAUCAAGACCAAAAUCAACUUUGUCCACUUGUGAGUCUCUCACUGAGACCCUGGAUACUGACAACCCCCACAGUGCCAAGGACUGUAAAGCCAACCAGCCUGUGCUGCAGUCAGAGGGCUCCCACCAGCAUUCCUAUAUCACACUUCCAAAUAGCCUCUUGGAAGAUGGGGGAAGGAGCAGAGGCCAGAUGCCAGAACAAAGCUUUGGGCAACACUUUUGCGUUAAACAAGAUGGAGCAUUGGGUACAACCAUGCCAGGUACAGAGCAACAGGUAGUGGCUGGUGGACCAGUUUCUUCUUCUGCCCCUGCUCAAGAUGUCAGGCCAAAGGACAAAGCUGUGAGUGCCAGCACGUUUCACAGGUUCCAGCAGGACCUGCCCUCCUCUGAGCUUUCGGGCUCCAAAUUAAGACACGUUAAAGUUCAAGCUGCUUUGCAGCCUGUGACUGAACCUGCAAAGACUGAACCACAGAGUGGCUACUUCAUCGACAAAGGAACUCAGACGAAAAAGUCCAGCAAAAGUGGGCAGUCGAGGCACAAAGCUCUGCACCAUGCCGGGGCACAGCAGGGCCAGGAGCAGCAGCCCUCGGCCCCGCCUGCCCCUCCGCUCAGAGACACCUCCCAGGCCCUGGAGAUAACCCAGUAUUUCUUCGAGGCCGUUUCCACACAGAUGGAGAAGUGGUACGAGCGGAAGAUAGAAGAAGCCCGGUGCCAAGCGAACCAGAGAGCGCAGCAAGACAAAGCUGCGCUCAAGGAGCACAUCAAAUGCUUAGAAGAGGAGCUGAGCAAAUUAAGGACUAAGGUGCAGAAAGAGAGCUAGCACCUGCCAGGCAGGUGAUCAAGAAACAGGACUCAUUUUCGAGCCUGCUGUAUGAGAAUUUGGAAUAUUG